AUGAACACUUCCAUCUGCUCCUUCGUCCUCCUUUUGGAGGCUUGGCUUUACUGGAUUCGCUCUCGCGUUUCCAGUUCAAUUGCUCGGAUUUACUCAUCUUUCCUUCUGCUUGUAGGCGUGGUCCGUUCGGCCUGUUGCUUCCUUCUUGGACAUGAUGUUGAGUGGACUGAUGUUUUCUGCUUUGAUGAGGAAUCCGAAGAUGUGACGGUUGUGGUCCGCGUGGCCUCCUCUCUAUUCAACAAGCGGGUACAGGGCCUUCUUGUUGUCCAGCAAUACGGAUCUUCCAGUCUCUUCCGUCUGUUGAUUGAUGGUCAUGAAGUGAUUCCUCGGGCUGAUGGUGGAGGAAACAUGCAAGGCGAUCGGCUCAUGGGUGCUCUGCUUCUUCCAGAUGGUAUUAAGUGGACUGUCAACACAAAGAAAGCUAAGAGUGGCAACGCUUCCACCAUUCGAGGACGUUGCACCUACGUUUCCUUUGUUGACAACUUGACUGGCAUGACGUCUCUGCAGGUCACAACGAUCCAUGACACACGCAACAAUGGCAAUGGCAAGGCAGUCGGCGCUCUCUUUGAAGAAAAGAUGAAAGCCGCAGCAGAGUUGGUCAAUAGCAGGCCCAACACAAACAACAUGGUGACCAUUUGA